ACUGAGCAUUUUCAAAAAAGAAAUAAAAGAUAUGUUUUUAUUGUUUUGUGCAUUCUUACAGAACAUUACUAAGUUAAACACUCCACUAUCAGCAUAAAUAUCCCCUUUUUCUUUUUAAUUAGUUUGUGCACAACGGAGGUUAUUUAUUGAUGUGGUUUGUGAAUAAGUAUGUCUUAAUUGAUACAUGUACCUUCUCAUGUACCCAAAGAGUUGGAACUACUGGGGUCAUUUCCCUUUUUUAGUCCCCGUAUUAGUAAUUUUCUGACUGAUUUAUGCACCAAAAUCUUUUUAGUUCGAGAUAAAAUGACUAGAUAGAAUGGAAUUAUAUGAAAUAGGUUUGAUCUAAUAAUAUAGAGACUGGAAUUUUAUCAGUCUUUCCUAAAUUAGGUCAUCAGACAAAAUGGCAUACUUGAUAAACGUUGGAUUUUUAUGUUGUGUUCUACUGGCGAAUGAAGCGAAUGGUUUUGACUUCGGAGAUGGUGAUAUACUUAGUUCAGCUUUCCAAGAACUUUUGGUUAAAAUUCAGGAACAAGGUGCGAAAAUUGCCUCCUUAGAAGACACUAUUAGGGCAGACCGAAGGGAUUUUAAUGAGAAAAUAGAAAAAUCAAAUUUAAAAGUGCAAGGCUUAGAGAAAACAGUUGAAUCUUUGAAGAGGAUCAUUGCAGAAAUGGAGAAUAAACAGGUCGCUAACAAUCAGGACAAAAUAUCAUCGCAAACUGAAAAUAAUACGACAGCAGAGAUAGUGAGACCGAUAGGGACAAAUGUUGCACUGAAUGCCUCGCUCCAUGAUCAACACGCCGGCAUUGGGCGGGUGAAUCCUAAACGAGCUGCUGCAGCGGCGGCCCACAGUGUCGCAUUCCAUGCGUUCAUGAGUCAGCCUGACGCCUCCACGGACCUGGGCCAAACUAUGGUUUUUGACACCGUCCUGACUAACGCUGGGUCCUCUUACAACCAGCGUGACGGCGUCUUCACCGCCCCCACCGCCGGCGUGUACGUGUUCCAUUGGGUCACCUACAGCCAGCACCAGGGUGACGUCAUCACCGAGCUGGUGGUCAACUCGGUCAGCCGGGGCUGUAGUCGGUCAGAUAGCCACACCCUGGACGAGCACCACGCCUCCAGCGGAUUGGUGGUGCUGCAUGUUAGCCAGGGGGACCUCGUGUCUGUGAGGACGCACUCUGUGUGGCAUAGCAUUGGUAAAGUCAUGAGCUUCGAUGACUAUUACAGGUCCUCUUUCAGUGGAUGGUUGUUGGUCUAACCAAUAUUAAACUCACUAUUGCUAGUAAGCCUAUUUGACUACCAGAUGAAAAUCUCUGAUUUUCUGAAGGUAAAUGUUUUCUAAGUGUUAGAAAUAAAUAGAUCUGCAGCCCUU